AAUCCAAAUUGUAUGAUUAAGUUGGAGGCGGAAUAAGUGAGACCUGGAUUGAUGAAAGGCGGACACUUGUAUUUGUAUCCGCCGAAGAAGUGGCGGAGAAGAUUACUAAUGGAUUAUUUUCUACCUGGGCGGAGAGCAUCAAGUUUGAAUAUGGAAGAGGGCAUAAUCUGACACUAAUGGUGUACAACUAUGCCACAUAUUUUAAAACGGAUAAAAAUGCACAGGAGAGAAUGCGUAAAGCUGCCGUUAGAGGUGAAAACGUGAAUCCAAGGGAUGCAGUCCAUAAUUGCAUUAUCACUGAAUAUAAAAUGCAGAAAGCUUUGCUGAUGCUAUCAAUCAAUCAAACAAUGGAUUAUCUAACAUUUGACCGAGCUACUGAUAAAGGAUGGAAAGAGUGUGCUUGCAAUGUAUUCCAUCAGACCAGAGCAGUGGCUGAAGCACCAGAAAAACUUAAGAAAAGUGUUUCAAGCUCAGCAAGUUUUGAGUUUUAUGCUAAAGCUGAGGGAAAAGAUUGCAUUUCUCCCAAAAAUCUUGUGGAGUACUGGAAACAAGUCCUUAUGCAGGUUACCAUCAUAUCUUUGGAGAAAGCUUCAGCUAUAACCCGUGUUUAUCCUUCUCCCUCCAGUCUUAUUCAAGCAUACAGAACAUGUGACUCAAGGAAGGAAGCGGAAUGUUUGCUGGCAAAUAUAGAGAUUAGAAGACUGGACACUCUAGUUGGAGGAAUUAGGCGUAUAGGAGAUGAGAUUAGUAGAAAAGUAUAUCUUGCUCUGAUGUCAGAUGAUGAAACCUCACUCCUUAGUAACAUUUAGCCAAUUUAUCCUCUAUAUCUUGCUAUGUUGGAAGAAGAAGAAAUCUCACUCCUUAGUAACAUUUAGCCAAUUUAUCCUCAAUAUCUUGCUCUGUUGUAAGAAGAAGAAAUCUCACUCCUUAGUAACAUCUUGCCAAUUUAUCUUAGCUCUGGUGUCACAUAUGAAACUACUUUCUUUCUUUCAAUAUAUCCUAUUUAAUGUAAUUUUUUAAAAUUUAUAAUGUAUUUCAGAA